UGCAAGCCACAGCCAUAUUUGACCUAAUUUCUUUAUUCUUCCCUCUUUCAGUUUUUAUUUUGCUGCGAAAACAAAUUUCCACAAUAAUAAUAACAUUGGAAGAAGAGAGAAAAAGAAAGCACGUUGUGUAGCAGUUAGCGUUACCAUUACCUUCUUUUUCACCUACCACGUUCUUAUUCCUUCCUCUCAUUCUCUUUCUGAAUUGGCGUGUGCCUCUUGCAAUCCCCUGAAGGUACCCUUUUGCAUCGUUUAAUCGUUCCCUUAAUUAACGCUUCAGUUUUUUCCUUUUUUAUUUUUAUAGUUUCUCCGUUAUUUUUUUUAUGUUGCGGCUGGUAAUUGAUUCUCUGUUUCUGCGGUGAGGCAAUUGGAUCGAAAUUUUCAUAUGUUAAUUUGGGUGAUUUGCACCUUUUUUUCUCUAUAAUGGAUGGGUUUUUAUUUUAUUUUUGCGUUUUUGGUUUUAUAGGAAAGGUUUUAUUUAUUUUUUCAUCUCAUUCGAAUUAAUAGGCGAAUUUUUUAAAUGGGUUUGAGUUAUUAUGCUUAUUCUUUCGUGUGUUUGUGCAAAUUUUAAAUAUGGGUCGUGGUGAGGGUGUUGAAUCCAAAAACAUCAUUUGAGAUCUAAAUUCUUCGUUCGUUUGCCCUUUGGUUGACUAUUGGAGAUGCAAAAGUUAAGCGGUGAAUGGGACGAUAGAACCACUGGUGUUGUGAAUCAACGCAAGUUGGAUAGUGGGAAUGCUCAACUUGCUUAAAUGUGGAGUUGCUGAUUGAUAUUUAUUGUAGCCUUUUUUAUUUGAUUCAAUGACGAUGGGGUGGGGGAUAAUUCAGGUCCAAGGUGCAAGUCUCUACAAGUGUAGACUUUAGAGUUAUUUUCUCUUUACCUGAACGGAAAAAUCAUAAUUUUUUUUUAUCGUGCCCGUGUGCUUCGUGAUAUCAUAUGGGUUAAGUAUUGUAUUAGGUGUUGAAUGAUGGAUCCUCACAUGAACUUCAUGGGUUUGUGUGCAUAUCUUUGGUUUUCUUUACCAGAAGAAUUUCAGAAAUUUAGUUUGAUUUUAAAUGUUUUUCUUUAUGGUUUUCAUUUAGUUUUUGUUUGUCAAAAUUCUUAGCAUUGAACUCACUGAACCCUCCAGAGUUUGUGUUUCUUGCCCAUAAUUCCAUGAGAAAUUCCUAUGUAUGAUCUCCCUCCUUUUGCAGGUCUUUUAAAUUUGAAGGAGAGAAUGGACUUCUUUGGUAGAGACAUAAACGAGGAUUCUGUGCUUAGAUGUCCAUUCUUGAGGAACAUUAAUGAGCCUACUAACUUCUCAUUCUCUUCACCCUUGGCUCUCCCAAUGCCAGUGCGUGGAGCUAAAGGUCCAAUUUUUGAAGAUGGUCCCAAUUUUGAUUUGGCAUUUAGGCUUUUCCAUGGGAGUGAUGGUGUAGUCCCCCUAUCUGACAGAUCUUUUCGGCAUUCAGAGAAAGUACAGACUGAGCCUCCCAAAUCUCAAUUCAAUCCCUUAGCUGCAAAGGCAGCAACUAUUAGCCUGUCAUCAUUUGGAUUUGGUGGACCUUUUGGUUUUGAUUCAUUUUCUGAGAAGUGGAACAACCAGAAAAGAAAAUCGAAAUCCUCAAAAAAUGAACCUUCUUCACAGGAUGGUUCAAAGCACGAGGCAGCAGGCAAUGAGUGGCUGCAAAAUGGGAACUGCCCUAUUGCAAAGUCAUACCGGGCAGUUAGUAACGUCCUUCCACUUGUUGCAAAGGUUAUUCAGCCUCCUCCAGGCAUGAAAUUCAAGUGCCCACCAGCAGUAGUUGCAGCCCGGGCAGCUCUAGCACGCACUGCAUUUGCAAAGAACCUCCGCCCUCAGUCCUUGCCUACAAAAGUUCUCGUUAUUGGGAUGCUGGGCAUGGCAGCUAAUGUUCCCUUGGGUAUAUGGAGAGAACAUACUAAGAAAUUUUCGCCGGCAUGGUUUGCUGCAGUCCAUGCAGCUGUUCCAUUCAUUGCAAUGCUAAGGAAGACUGUCCUAAUGCCUAAAUCGGCUAUGGCAUUUACAAUUGCAGCAUCAGUGUUAGGCCAAGUAAUUGGCUCAAGAGCUGAGAGGUACAGGAUGAAGGCAAUUGCUGCAAAAAAGUUGUCUAUAAAAGAAACCUCUGAUGUUGGUCCAGUCCAGUUACCAAUGGUUAAAACAAAAGAAAGGCACUGCAAUGAUACUGUGGAUUGGAAUGCAGUUUCUCUUCAGCUGGCAGGAACUACUUCAUCAACGGAUGUAUUUUGUUGAUGAUUAAUUUGUUACAAGUGUGUAAUUUGUCUCUCUUCUCUCAGUGUGUAAUUUGUUACUCCUUUUUCGGUUCUCCCUAUUCACUCUGAAUGCCUCAGUUGGCAAAAAUAAAAGUAACAAUGUUUUCUCAAUUAGAUUUUCCUCUUUAGUUAUUAUUUUAUGCCCCAUUUCAAGUAUGCUAAAACUCUAGUAAAUAACAAGCCAGUAGCUUGUUGGCUUUAUUUGCAUGUUUCAUUAAUUCAUCCUCA